AUGCUUCGCCAGUUUGUUUCCGCCCCUUCCAAGGCCGCGCGCAUGGCCGCCCGUGUCCCGCGCACUGCCGCCGCCACCUCUCCCUUCCUCCAGACCGCCACGCCUUUCCGCAGCGCAGCCGCCACGGCCGCCGUCCGGUCAAGACAGCCGCUGUCCGUUGCUGCCGGCCGGUGGUACAGCAGCGAGUCCGAUGCCUCCAAGGCGGAUGCCUCCAAGGCAGAUGCCUCCACGGCUGACGCCAGCGAAGCCGCAAAGGACGGCGAGGCCGCCGGCGAGCCCGCCGGCGAGCCUUUGAGCGCCGCCGAUGCCACGGCUCUGCGCAAGGACCUCGAGACCAAGACCAAGGAGGCUCUCGAGUGGAAGGACAAAUUCCUCCGCUCCGUCGCCGACUUCCGCAACCUGCAGGAGCGCACACAGCGCGAGAUCCGAGCGGCACGCGACUUUGCCAUUACCGGCUUCGCCAAGGACCUCGUCGACAGCGUCGACAACCUGGACCGCGCGCUCUCGAUGGUCGCCGAGUCGGCAGUGAAGACCGAGGCCGGCGCCGAGGCCGGCGCCGAGGCUGCGAACCAGGACUUUGUCAACCUGGUCGACGGCCUCAAGAUGACGGAGACGGUGCUGCUGCAGACGCUCAAGAAGCACGGCCUGGAGCGCUUCAACCCCAACGGCGACAAGUUCAACCCCAACGAGCACGAAGCCACGUUCAUGACGCCCAUGCCCGACAAGGAGCACAACACCGUCUUCCAUACGCAGCAAAAGGGCUUCCGUCUCCACGGCCGUGUUCUGCGGGCCGCCAAGGUCGGCGUUGUCAACAACAAAUAA